AGGAGAUCUUCGGGUAAGAAUCCGGGUUGGGAAGUUGUACCGCCGGGUAAUUGCUGGGUAUUUCAGGGCUUCCCAGGUGCAAAACCAUUCGAGCCAUUCAAAGAGCUGAUGUACGAAAAAUGCGAUAUCUUCGUGCCAGCGGCUUGCGAGAAAACAAUCACCAAGGAUAAUGCGGCGAAAUACCAAGCCAGCAUCAUUGCUGAGGCAGCCAACGGUCCCACAACACCAGCCGCAGAAAAGAUCCUGCUGGCCAAAGGAAACUGCAUCCUUCUGCCGGAUAUGUUCAUGAACAGUGGCGGCGUAACGGUGUCGUACUUCGAGUGGUUGAAGGGCUUGAACCACGUCAGCUUUGGUCGUCUGUCCACAAAACACGAGCAGGACAACAGCAUGGGAUUGUUGGAUAGUGUCGAAGGGUGUCUGGAGAAGGCAUUGGGCAAGAAGGUACAUAUUGAACCAUCAGCCCAGCUGCUCAGCAAACCGGGUAUCACUUCAGAGGAGGAGAUCGUGAGCUCAGCUUUGGAAUACUCAAUGCAACGUUCAGGUAAAGCAAUCAUCGCCACAGCGCACAAGUACAAUUUGGGCUUGGACAUUCGUACGGCCGCCUAUGCGAACGCCAUUGAGAAGGUCUACAACACCUACAAAACAUCUGGAUUCACAAUGGCCUAA